AAUGCGCAUCUGCGUUCCUGGGCCAAGAUGGCGAUGUGCUUGUAUGGAGAAUACUGUAAGUCUGCAGCGUCAACUGGCACAAAUUCGAAGCUUCAUAGAAGGUGCUAAACUAUCUUCGCCUCUUUAUGUGCACAAAAGCGUAAGCUAAAUCGGAAUACUAUUGCGCUGUUCCUUCAUGCUUUCAUCUCUUGACUGUGAAGGGCGAAGUGCUCAUAGCGCGGUAAGAAAUGAAUGUUAAAGAGACGGACGAACAGCAAAAGCUGCGCUUCCAGAUUGAACUGGAAUUUGUUCAGUGCCUGGCAAACCCAAACUACCUGAACUUCCUUGCACAACGAGGCUACCUCAAGCAGAAGAUGUUUGUGAAUUACCUGAACUAUCUUCAGUACUGGAAGAAGCCGGAGUAUUCCAGGUACCUCAAGUACCCGAUGUGCCUUUACUUCCUAGAGUUGCUCCAAUAUGAACACUUCCGACGCGAGAUAUCCAACGCACAAUGCGCAAAGUUCAUCGAGGACCAACAGCUCCUGCAUUGGCAGCACUACACUCGCAAACGCAUGCGACUGCUGCAGCAGCCGGCCACAGAAGCCACCGCGGCUCCCACCAGCGCUGCCGCUGCAGCAGUUACUGCGCCACAAGCCCCGACGCAAAAGUGAACAAGAAGAAAGAAACUAAGCGCAUUUUUGCCCUCUUUUCACUUAUUACUGGCCCCCGCCACUGCUGUGAAGUCACGUAAACCUGCUUGUCUGCCGCAGCGUUUCGAAUCUACUCUCGUUGCACACACGCUUAUUAAAAGCGAGAUGACCGGCGAGCGAGAGGAAGCCAUUGGUUGCCGUCGGCACGGCGCGAUACGCUGUGCGUAACUGGGUUAAUCCUUUAUCCGUGCUUUUUGACUCGUUGUCGCAUCGCUUGUGGCCCAGCUACCUGUCGGUUCGUCACGAUGCGCCUGUUGACGGACUCGUCUCCUGUUAUGCGGUUGUAGACCCGGAAUCUCACGAACUGUGGGGUUUGCAAGUAAUGAAGUGCAGGGUAGGAGUGCCUGUGAACACAUUGAAAAGUGCGCGUGCAACUGCUCCCGAGCAUGGCCGCUCGAUUAAUCGUAUCCCGAGCGUCUAGCUGCUGUUGAGCAUACAGAACAAGUGCACCGGUCUAGUGCAGCCCUUCAAGCACUGGUGCUCUUUGAAUAAAAUUUGUUGAUGCAGA